GAAGGUGCAUCUUGUAUCACUAAAAUGAAAGCUAUGGCGGAAAGCAUUCUUGAAGAUGUUAGUGAAACUGAAAUGGAGACCAAUCAAUUUUUUCCAGAACCAAAUGGGGGUGGCACAUAUAAAUCUAAGAGGAAAAAUGUGAACGAAAAAAAUAGAGGAACACACAUUCUUCUCGAUGUUAGUGAAACUGAAAUUGAGGUAGAUCCAGAAGCCGUAGAAGAUCCAAAAGCUAAAGGUGGUAGCUCUUUUACCAAUAAGGAGAAAAUUUUGAUUCAAAAAAAGAGGGGAAGAAACAAAUGCAAGGAAAUAGCAAGGCUUAAACCUGGUGAGAAACUUGAAGUCACUUUUUAUAACAAUCGAUCUGUCGGUAAGAAUCAUGAAGUGUGGGCAAGGCAUUUGGGGAUUAUAGUGCGAGAUACAAAUAUGUGUCCCGUGAGAGUUCACAAAUGGAAUGAUAUCGGAGAAAAAGAAAAAGAACACAUGUGGAGUGCUGUCACGG